ACAUACACACUUAUUAUAAAUAACCCAGAAGCUGGAGUAUUUCCUAGCAGGGCGUUGAGGGAAAAAUGAAUGAAAACAUUGAUAAGCUGCAAUAUCGCAGAUCAUUUAAGCUGAAACACUUGCCAAAGAUAAGCGCACUGUUGCAAAAACAUUUAACUACAAAUUUGCCAAUAACUUAGCUAACCGGAACAUUUGUAAAAUGGGCAAUGAUAGUGGUGACAGCGGUGGAAUCGAUGUUUUGGUUUUCGGCUCGGCCAUAAUAGAUUUCGUUUGCUAUACACCACGCCUACCGAAGGCGGGUGAAACCCUGCACGGUCAUAACUUUCAGACCGGUUAUGGCGGCAAGGGUGCCAACCAAUGUGUAGCGGCCGCCAGACUGGGUUCCAAGGCUGCUUUGGUGGCCAAACUAGGCGAUGAUAGCUUUGGUGCCGACUAUCUGCGUCAAUUGCGAGCCGAAGGCAUCAAUGUCCAGCACGUGGAUCAGCUAUCGGGCCAGACCACUGGUGUGGCGCAAAUAGCAGUGUCAGAUGGUGGUGAAAAUAAUAUUAUUAUUGUGGUUGGCGCCAAUAAUUCCCUAAGUGCCGAUGAUGCCACACGCGCCCAACCCCUACUGGCUCAAGCAAAGGUCCUCGUUUGUCAGCUGGAGACGCCCUUAGCGGCCACACUUGCUGCCCUACGCCUUUGCAAGGGCACAUCCAUAGUGAAUGCUGCUCCAGCAUUGGAACAAACGCCUCCAGAGCUGCUCCAACUGGCCAGCAUUCUUUGUGUCAAUGAAAGUGAGGCUGCCUUAAUGACGGGUGUCGCCGAAAUCAGCAGUGUGUGUGAGGCCAAGACGGCCGUCAGUCGUCUCAUCGAAUUAGGCGCCAAUACGGUGAUAAUAACGCUCGGAAAACUAGGAGCUGUGUGCGCCACAAGAAAGAGUCCAACUCUUUGCGAACACGUGCCGGCACCAGUUGUGGAUAAAGUGGUGGACACAACAGGCGCUGGCGAUGCAUUUAUCGGUGCUUUGGCGCACAAUUUGGCACGGUUUCCGGAACAUGCCCUUACAGCGCAUAUUGCAGCCGCCUGUGCCGUUGCUUCAAAAUCCGUACAGCUGCCAGGUACCCAGGCGAGCUUUCCCUAUGCCUAGAAACUCUACAUAUUGAACGGCCCAAUUGCUUAUUGCAUGCAGAUGCAGCUUUUCUUAAAACAAAUUGUAAAGGUCUGGCAAAUGUCGUUAAAGUUACGCACUUAAAAGCGCAACAAAAUAAAUAAAACUAAUAAUAAAA